GGCGCUUUCUGAGAGCUUUCAGAACUGCGCUGGGAAGUUUAAAGAGCGGAGGGAGCUGGUGCUGUAGGCAGGGACAAUGGAAGAAAAUGAAAGCCAGAAAUGUGAGCCGUGCCGUCCUUACUCAGCAGACAGCAGACACACGCGGGAACAAGGAAAAAGCAAUCUGCAUGUAACAUCAUUAGAAGAUGCAGAAUGUCGCAGAACCAAGGAACGCCUUUCUAAUGGGAGUAGUCGAGUUUCAGUCUCCAAGGCUUCCCGGAGUAUCCCAAGGAGACACACCUUAGGUGGGCCUCGAAGUUCCAAAGAAAUACUGGGAAUGCAAACAUCUGAGAUGGAUAGGAAGAGAGAAGCUUUCCUGGAACAUCUAAAGCAGAAAUAUCCCCAUCAUGCCACAGCAAUCAUGGGCCACCAGGAGAGGUUGAGAGACCAGACAAGAAGCCCCAAACUGUCUCACAGUCCUCAACCUCCCAGUCUGGGCGACCCGGUGGAGCAUUUAUCAGAGACCUCUGGUGAUUCUUUGGAAGCCAUGUCUGAGGGAGAAACUCCAAGUCCUUUUUCCAGAGGCAGCCGGACUCGAGCGAGCCUUCCGGUGGUGAGAUCGACCAACCAGACGAAAGAAAGAUCUCUGGGGGUUCUCUAUCUCCAGUACGGAGAUGAAACCAAGCAGCUCAGGAUGCCCAAUGAAAUCACAAGUGCAGACACAAUCCGGGCUCUCUUUGUAAGUGCCUUUCCACAGCAGCUCACCAUGAAAAUGCUGGAGUCGCCCAGUGUCGCCAUUUAUAUCAAAGAUGAAAGCAGGAAUGUCUAUUAUGAAUUAAAUGAUGUAAGGAACAUUCAGGACAGAUCACUCCUCAAAGUGUACAACAAGGAUCCCGCACAUGCGUUCAAUCACACACCAAAAACUAUGAACGGAGACAUGAGGAUGCAGAGAGAAAUGAUUUAUGCAAGAGGAGAGGGCCCUGGUGCCUCCCGACCUGGAUCCACAGCUCAUCCAGCCCAUGCCCUUCCAAACUCGCCACCCUCCACUCCUGUGCCCCAUUCCAUGCCUCCCUCCCCAUCCAGAAUUCCAUAUGGGGGCACCCGCCCCAUGGUGGUUCCGGGCAAUGCCACCAUCCCCAGGGACAGACUCUCCAGCCUGCCAGUCUCCAGAUCCAUCUCACCCAGCCCAAGCGCCAUUUUGGAAAGGAGAGACGUAAAGCCAGACGAGGACCUGAGUGGCAAGAACAUUGCGAUGUACCGAAAUGAGGGUUUCUAUGCCGAUCCUUACUUGUACCACGAGGGACGGAUGAGCAUAGCCUCUUCCCAUGGCGGGCACCCGCUGGACGUCCCUGACCACAUCAUCGCCUAUCACCGCACAGCAAUUCGGUCAGCAAGCGCUUACUGCAGCCCGUCUGUGCAGGCCGAGAUGCACAUGGAGCAGUCACUGUACAGGCAGAAGUCAAGGAAAUAUCCAGACAGCCAUUUGCCUACUCUGGGCUCCAAAACACCCCCCACAUCUCCCCACCGAGUCAGUGACAUGAGAAUGGUGGACCUGCACACUCAUCACAACGCCCAUGGGCCCCCUCACACCAUGCAGUCGGACCGGGCCUCACCCAGCCGCCAGGCCUUCAAAAAGGAGCCAGGCACCUUGGUGUACAUUGAAAAGCCACGGACCACUGCAGGGUUAUCCGGCAUUGUGGACCUCGGUCCUCCUCUGGUGGAGAAGCAGAUGUUUGCUUACAGCACCGCUACGAUACCCAAAGACAGAGAGACAAGAGAGAGGAUGCAAGCCAUGGAGAAACAGAUUGCCAGUUUAACUGGCCUUGUUCAGUCUGCGCUUUUUAAAGGGCCCCUUGCCAGUAAUAGCAAAGAUGCAUCUAGUGAGAAAAUGAUGAAAACAGCCAGUAAGAACCACACCGAUAGUGCAGGAACUCCCCACGUUCCGGGCGGGAAGACUCUCGGCGCCCUGGAGUCCACGGGGCCGCCCAGCCAGCCCCUGCCCGCCGGCACCUCGGCCGUCCACCUGAGCCUGCUGGACAUGAGGCGGAGUGUGGCCGAACUCAGGCUCCAGCUGCAGCAGAUGCGACAGCUCCAGCUGCAGAACCAGGAGCUGCUGAGGGCAAUGAUGAAGAAGGCCGAGCUGGAAAUAAGUGGCAAAGUGACUGAAAUGAUGAAGAGACUAGAGGAUCCCGUGCAACGGCAGCGCGUCCUGGUGGAGCAGGAGAGACAAAAAUACCUGCACGAAGAGGAGAAGAUCGUCAAGAAGUUGUGUGAGCUGGAAGACCUCGUUGAGGACUUGAAGAAGGACUCCGCAUCGGCCAGCCGAGUGGUUACUCUAAAGGAUGUGGAAGAUGGAGCUUUCCUCCUGCGACAAGUGGGAGAAGCUGUGGCUUCCCUGAAAGGAGAAUUUCCUACGUUACAAAACAAGAUGCGAGCCAUCCUGCGCAUAGAGGUGGAGGCGGUGCGGUUUCUGAAGGAGGAGCCGCACAGGCUGGACAGUCUCCUGCAGAGAGUGCGGAGCAUGACCGACACCCUGACCAUGCUGCGCAGACACGUCACCGAUGGGCUCCUGAAAGGUGCAGACGCAGCCCAGGCCGCGCAGUACGUUGCUAUGGAAAAGGCCACCGCCGCGGAAGUCCUGAGGAACCAGGAGGAGGCAUCCCACGCCUCGGGCCAGCCCCUCCACGGCGCAGGGGUCCCUCGAGACGUGAAGUCGGAAGUGGUGCCCUUGACCGUCCACCACGCACAGAGCUCGCCUGUGCUCAUCCAGCCCUCCCAGCUGUCCUCCGCCCCACUGAGCCCUGCCCAGCACCCGACCAGCCCUCCCGCGGUCACGCAGGAAGUGGCUUCGGCUCUGCCGUCCUCACAGGCAGUGCAGGGCCCGCAGACGCCAGUGAACGGAUCCACCAUGCACAGCCUGUUCGCGGAGGAAGUCCACAGCGUGCGUGCCAGGAACAGGGCCGCGUCUAUCGAGAAAGCAGAAAGGAAAUGGGAAGAGAAAAGACAAAAUCUGGACUACUACAACGGGAAAGAGUUUGAGAAGCUCCUGGAAGAAGCUCAGGCCAAUAUCAUGAAGGCAAUUCCAAACCUGGAGAUGCCCCCAGCCCCGGGCCCCCAGCCGAAGGGCGACGCUCCUGGGGACAAGCUGGAACUUUCAGAAGACUCUCCAAACUCAGAACAGGACUCGGACAAGCUGGGGAGCAAGUCCCCACCCCCUCCUCCUCCACCCCCAAGACGGAGUUACCUGCCAGGGUCGGGGCUCACCACCACCAGGUCCGGCGACGUGGUUUACACCGGCAGGAAGGAGCAUACCACCACCAAGGUAAGCAGUGAAGAUGCUGGACCAAGCCUGCAAGCUAGAGCCACGAAAUGCCCACCCGAGGCUCCUGCUCCAGCCUGGACCCCAUCCCCACCACCAGUCACUACCUGCUCCUCAAAGGAUGAGGAUGAAGAGGAAGAAGGAGACAAAAUCAUGGCAGAACUCCAGGCAUUCCAGAAGUGCUCCUUUAUGGAUGUAAAUUCAAACAGUCAUGCCGAGCAGUCCCGGGCUGACAGUCACGUUAAAGACACUAGGCCGGGGGCCACAGUCCCGCCCAAGGAGAAGAAGAAUUUGGAAUUUUUCCAUGAAGACGUACGGAAAUCUGAUGUUGAAUAUGAAAAUGGCCCCCAAAUGGAGUCCCGAAAGGUUACUGCGGGGGCUCUUCCAUAUAGUGACCAUCCUAAGUGGGAAGGAGGAAUGGAGAAUAGUGUUUCAGAUGCAUCAAGAACAUCAGAAUAUAAAACUGACAUCUUACUGAAGGAACAUGCCCUAUCCAAUAAGAGUUUACUUAGAGACAGUAGAAACUAUUCCCAGAAAAAUGUGUCUAAGGUCAUUUCCACUUUCCCCGGCACUGGUUCAUUAGAAGAUGAAAUAGGCAAAGGGCCUAAAAUCUCAGGACUGCAGGACCCUCUAUCUGACACUGAAACUCAGAAGAUGAAUCGUGGAAAGACAAAAGAGAUGAGUCAACAAGAUCAAGAAAGUACAGAUGGGUGUCACCUGCUCUCUCCCACUGGAUCAACUGAAUUGAGUGUUUGUGAUGUCAAAACUCAAGAUCAAGAGGUUCCCGUGAGAGAGUUUGGCCAAGUGGUGCUGAGACCCAAGGGGGCUUUGCAUACUAAUAACGGGAAGCUUAAUGAGGACAGAGAAUCAACCCCAAGUUCUCCCACCGAAGAGCAUGCCCCCACAGACAACAUCGCCUUCAUGAUUACCAGAACUGCGGUCCAGGUUCUCUCCAGUGGGGAGGUGCGUGAUAUAGUGAGCAAAAAGGGGGAAGAUGUACAGACGGUGAAUAUUGAUGCCAAGAAAGAGAUGACUUCCCAACAAGAAGGGACUGAGAACGAAGAGCCAGUUGUGUGCCUAGACAAGAAACCGGUCAUCAUCAUUUUCGAUGAACCCAUGGACAUCCGGUCUGCAUAUAAGAGACUUUCAACCAUAUUUGAGGAAUGUGACGAGGAAUUAGAGAAAAUGAUGACAGAGGAAAAGAUAGAGGAGGAGGAAGAGGAGGAAAAUGGAGAUGCCAUGGUCCAGAAUUACACUUCCCCAAAGUUUCACAAGGUUGCCCCGGGCGGCCCCAGAUCAGGACUGCAGGCUGGCAGUCUGUCGCAGCCGCACGUCCUCCCAGGAGACGCCCGGGUGUCAGGAGGACAGGAAAUGGAUUCGACUGAGCUGAGCGCGUGCAGCAAGGCAGAUUCUCCAGGUCCCGAAAGCAAGUGUGGCGUGACAUAUGACCAACUAGAAAGCCCCAAGAAAAAGUUUAAGUUCAAAUUCCCUAAAAAGCAACUCGCGGCUCUCACUCAAGCAAUUCGCACAGGAACCAAAACAGGGAAGAAGACUUUGCAGGUGGUGGUGUACGAAGAGGAGGAAGAGGAUGGCACUUUGAAGCAGCACAAAGAAGCCAAGCGAUUCGAAAUUGCUCGGUCUUCUCAAGCUGAAGACACCGCCCAAAAUAGGCUCAGGAGACAAGACCAGCCCAGUCUAGAAAACACAUCUUCCUUUUCAAGAACUGACGAAAUUAGAAAUAACACCUACAGAACACUGGACAGCCUGGAGCAGACCAUCAAACAGCUUGAAAAUACAAUCAGUGAAAUGAGUCCAAAAGCCCUAGUUGAUACCUCAUGUUCUUCCAACAGAGAUUCUGUUGCAAGCUCAUCCCACAUAGCCGGGGAGGCCGCUCCCCGAUCCUUGCUAGUUCUGGAAGAAGCUCCCACUGCCCUAGAAUCCCCCUCUUCGAUACCUUCAGCUUCACGUAAGGCCUCCAGUGGGACCCCACAGACGAGCAGGAUGCCCGUCCCCAUGAGCUCCAAGAACAGACCCGGAAGCCUGGACAAACCCGGCAAGCAGACCAAACUGCAGGAUCCCCGCCAAUAUCGUCAGGCUAAUGGAAGUGCUAAGAAAGCUGGUGGGGACUAUAAGCCUACUUUCCCCUCCUUACCUGCUUCUAAGAUCCCAGCCCUUUCUCCCAGCUCUGGGAAAAGCGGUUCGCUGCCCUCUUCUAGCGGUGACAGCUCUAACUUCCCCGGUCCAGCUGCUCCUAAACCAUCGGUUACUUCUAACCCUCUCAGCCCCCAAACAGGACGAUCUGCUUCCUCUGCCUCCCUCAUCCCCUCUGUCUCUAAUGGCUCCUUGAAGUUUCAGAGCCCCGCUCACACAGGUAAAGGUCACCAUCUUUCAUUCUCACUGCAGACUCCAAAUGGCCGGGCAGCCCCUCCUUCCUGCUCCUCCUCCCCCCCCUCCCCCGCCUCCCCCACUUCACUGAACCAAGGUGCCAAGAGCAUCAGGACCAUCCAUACUCCUAGCCUCACCAGCUACAAGGCACAGAAUGGAAGUUCAAGCAAAGCCACCCCAUCCACAGCAAAGGAAACCUCUUAAAGGCCUAACCCCAUUAGGCACAAGUUGGAGUUGCAUUUAAAAAUUUUAACAGUCUUUAACAACUGUUUUCACGAGAGAAUGUAACAUAUUGCUGUACUGUUUGAGGCUUAAUGCUAUGUGCUAAAUACUGGAUUAAUAGACUUCAGUAAAGCUUGUUUGGUUUUUUUGUUUUGUUUUGUUUUAGGUUUUUUUUUUUUAUUUGUUGCUAUUGUAAUUACAUAGUGUUAACUGUCUAUAUUCAACACCUGUUAAAUGAAGUAAGCAUGUGUUCCAGAAAGAGAGUAUGGCGAGAGAGAAGGGUAUGUGUGAGACAGGAAAAAAAUGUAUUCAGCAUGUAAAACAUGUAUGAUUCCAGAAUUUUAGUAUGUUUUGUAUAAAAAUAUUUUUCAUUAUGGAGACUAGAAGUGAACAGAGAAAUACGCGUGUGACUAUACAAAUUGUAAAACAGAUACUAUAAUAUUUCCUUUUAUUUUGGUGUUAUUUAGCUUUAUUACAGAUUUCUAUUUUUGUCAAAAUCUCAUGGUUCCUUUCAAGAUCUUUUUUGCCAAAACAUUUUGAUACUAUAGCAUUGUACAUUUGAAAGUAGUGUCUAGACAGUAAGCCAUUGAACUCUGCACAGGCCAACCCAGGGGCAUAUGUAGAAAGCAAUUUAUCAAACCAAUUGCACUGCCAUGAACAUUAUGCAUAACAAUUUGCCAGCCUAAGCCAGCAAUUUUUCUUUGCACUUCUUCUUUUUCUUUUUUUAACAUAUUGGGAUUCUCUAGUUGUAUUCCUUGCAGUAUCCCUUCCUUUGUUUUCUGAGACCUGGCAACCUACACUAUUAACAUUGUGGAUUUUAAAUUGUACACUUCUGUACUGUUCUGUAAACUGAUACAUUUUUGUAAAUAUAUAAAUAGACAUAAAAUACUGUAUGUGAAAGCACAUAGAGUAGUUUUCCCACACCAAAGUUAAUUUUUAUGCAUGCUUUAAAAAUAUAUAUUGGGAUGGGCAGAAAUGGGACUAUCAAUACAUUUUUAAAAAGCAACAAGUUUGCACAGCUAGAGUGUUUUUGUAAAUAACUGUAUUUGUAUAACACAGUCAUGUAAUAUACAGAACUAUAAGGCAGAGACUUUGCAAAACUAA